GGAAAUGGCGGAGAAAUAUCCCACAUCUGUAUUUUGUAUUAUUGCUACGGAGUUCUGUGAGAGAUUUUCCUUCUGUGGAUUGCGCACAAUUUUAUCCCUUUAUCUCCGGAACCAGCUUUUAUUAUCGGAGAAUACGGCGACGAUCAUUUAUCAUGUAUUUAUCAUGAUUUGCUACGUGGUGCCCAUAGCCGGAGCCGUUUGCGCCGAUAGCUUUCUUGGACGUUACAGGACUAUUCUGUACUUUUCCUUGAUCUAUCUUGCUGGAAAUGUUCUGAUGUGUCUAGCGUCGGUGCCUUCUUCGAAUACAUCUCGUAUGCUACUAACAUCGUUUGGAUUGGGACUAAUUGCGAUAGGAACCGGGGGAAUUAAACCGUGUGUCGCCGCAUUUGGGGGUGACCAGUUUCACUUACCCCAGCAACAAGAGUUAUUACAGCACUUUUUCUCGAUAUUUUACUUCAGCAUAAAUCUGGGAGGGUUCGUCGGAAUGAUUCUGACGCCUAUAUUGAGAAAGAGCGUGACUUGCUUCGGCGAAGACACUUGCUACCCCCUUGGCUUCGGAUUUCCCGCCCUUUUAAUGUUACUGGCGUUACUCAUGUUCAUGCUGGGAAAGCCGUUUUAUCGAUUGAAAACGCCCAAAGAAAACGUGAUGCUAAAGUUCAUUCAGUGCACUUUGUACGCCGUGAGUCAGAAGGUUAAGAAUAAAACUGUGAAAUACGAGCACUGGUUGGACUAUGCCAAAGAUAAAUUUCCGGAUAAUAAGUUAAUAUCGGAUAUGAAGACUGUAUUUGCGGUUCUCCUUUUGUUCGCCCCUCUACCAAUCUUUUGGUCUCUCUUCGAUCAGCAGGGUUCCAGAUGGACAUUUCAAGCGUCGAGAAUGGACGGAUCAGCCUUGGGCUCGCAAAUACUACCCGAUCAAAUGCAAGUCAUAAACCCGGCCAUUGUACUCGUUCUCAUCCCCAUAUUCGACCGCUUACUUUACCCUUUAUUAAACAGAAUUCACGUACUCGAAUGUCCUUUGCAUCGCAUGGCUGUCGGUGGAAUUAUUGCCGGAGCUGCCUUUUUAUCGGCGGGAAUUCUCGAACUUGUAUUGGAAACAACUUAUCCAGACAUUCCCGCUAAAAAUAGGGCGUCUUUUAACUUUAUAAAUACUCUCCCCUGCGAUAUAUUGAUAAACAGCCCUGUUAAUGGGAUGCAGGCCCUUUGUGCUUCCAUGCUAUAUCAUCUCAAAAACCUACCCGCUCGUAAUAACACCACGUACAAUAUAAUGGUUGAGGCUCCUACGAGCUGCGGAAAUUUAGAGCUGGAGAAUGAGAAAUUUAAUUUUGAACUUGUCGCUGCCGCUUUACAGAUUGACACAAUUCUUGUUACCGUUAAUAGUCACAACGAGGUCGUAGCUUAUGUAACGGAACCGAUUGAUUUCAAAAGGUCUUUGAACGGAAAACCGAAAAUCAGAAUUGUCUACAUUGGAAACGCAGAAGUGUUUCAUAACAUAACCAUUUCACUUGCAAACGCCGAGGGUCUAAACGACGUGUACUUUGUGGACUACAAACCUCAAAAACACAUGGCGGUAUCCGCCUACCUGGAGUUACCACCGGGGGAAUAUACGUACUUGGUGAAAUGUCGGGAAAACGAAAAUCUAUACGGCAACGUAACCAGACUAGAGCUGGGCGGCAUUUACACACUGGUCAUAAGGCAGCACCUGGAUAAAAUCGACUUUGCAAAGGUAUACACGAUGUCCCCGCCAAACAGCAUACCCAUGACGUGGUUGAUACCCCAAUACUUUCUUAUAUCCAUCGCAGAAAUUAUGUUUGGCAUAGCCGGAUUGGAAUUCUCGUUUACUCAAGCACCCAAGUGUUUAAAAACAGUUACGAUUGCCGGUUGGUACCUUUCAGUAGCCGUCGGUAACUUUUUUGUCAUCGUAAUUACACAGGCGAACUUCUUUCGGAGUCAGGCGUACGAAUUUUUUCUGUUUGCGAUAUUAAUCGUCGUCGAUAUGAUUGUAUUUACGGAAAUGGCAGUUACGUACAAAAUUACAGUCCCCGAGCCGGACAGUUCGGAAUUUAUACUAUUGAACGAAGAAGCGAUUCCGCUUUUGGAGCCGGCAAGCAUGUUAGCUAAUACCUGCUCUCUUUAUUCCUAAUUGGUUGUUAAUAAAUGUUGUUAAAGAAGGGUAGUUGCAUUUUACGCUUACGGAAAUAUUGCGCAAUUAUAG